AUGGCCCCAGCAGCCACGACAGACUACGCCGUCAAGUCCGGGGCGGAGCUGGACUCCAUCUCGGACAACAUCGACGCCGUCAACGUGCUCAAGGACCAGGCGCGGCAGACGAUGAUUUCUGAGCUGGGCAACUACGACGAAGGGUCCCAGUUCGACACAGAGAAGGACAAGACAGGGUUCCGGCAGUACGAGGACGCCUGCGACCGGGUCAAGAACUUCUACAAGGAGCAGCACGAGAAGCAGACGGUGGCGUACAACCUGGCGGCCCGCGCCCGUUUCAACUCGGCCUCGCGGCAGCGCGUCGAGAUGACCAUCUGGCAGGCCAUGGAGAAGCUCGAGACGCUGGUGGACGAGAGCGACCCGGACACGGAGCUGGGCCAGAUCGCCCACCUGCUGCAGAGCGCCGAGGCCAUCCGCCGCGACGGCAAGCCGCGCUGGAUGCAGCUGACGGGGCUGAUCCACGACCUGGGCAAGCUCAUGUACUUUUACGACAGCGCCGCCGAGGGCCAGUGGGCUGUCGUCGGCGACACCUUCCCUGUCGGCUGUGCCUUUGACGAGCGCAUCAUCCUGCCCUCCACCUUUGCCGGGAACCCGGACUACGGCCACCCUGUGUACAGCACCAAGUACGGCAUCUACUCCCCCGGCUGCGGCCUCGACAACGUCAUGCUCAGCUGGGGCCACGAUGAGUACCUGUACCAUGUCGUCAAGGACCAGAGCCGCCUGCCCGACGAGGCCCUCGCCAUGAUCCGCUACCACUCCUUCUACCCCUGGCACAAGGAGGGUGCCUACAGGGACCUCAUGAGUGACAAGGACCACGAGAUGCUCAAGGCUGUCAAGGCCUUCAACCCUUAUGACCUGUACAGCAAGAGUGACGGUAUUCCCAGUCUUGAGGAGCUGAAGCCUUACUAUCUGGAGCUCAUUGACGAGUUCUUCCCUCAGAAGACGGUCAAGUGGUGA